AUGAUUGGUCCAAAUGGUGCUGGCAAAUCAACACUUAUUAAUAUUUUAGCAGGAGCUAUUGAACCUGAUGAAGGAAAGAUUAAUAUUCUUGGAGGAAAUGAGGCGGACAGAUUUAAAGAAAUGCAGCAUUAUUUGGGCGUUUGUUUCCAAGGAAAUGCUAUUAUUAAUUUAUUGAGUGUUCGCGAGCAUUUGUAUUUGUUUGGAGCAUUUAGAGGAGUUCCAAGAGAUCAGAUCGACCAAGCUGUCGAAUUCUUUGGUUCUCAGCUCCAAUUAACACAUAUGAUGGAUAACAGAGCAGGAGAUGUAUCUGGUGGACAAAAGAGAAAACUUUGCAUCGCUAUGUCAUUAUUAAGAAAUCCUCCUUUAGUUAUUAUGAAUGAACCAACAGCAGGUGUCGAUGUACAGGCGAGACAAUUGAUUUGGAAGAUGAUUGCUUCUCUUAAGGAUACAACUUCCAUUGUUACAUCACAUGCUUUGGAAGAAGCAGAAGCUGUUUCUUCAAAAUUGUUUAUUGCAUCAAGUGGACAAUUGAAGUUCUGUGGAACAUCAACUGAAUUAAGACAUGAACACAAAUGUGGUCAUGUUUUGGGAGUUGUACCAAAUGAUGGCGUUGAUUGCAAGGAAAUCGCUGAAUUCGUUAAGUCAAUAAUUCCAGAAGCAGUUGUUAGUGAAGAAAGAGAUGAUAUUUUGACUUUCCCUGUUUGUGAUGAAAUUCCAAAGUUACUCCACGCUUUGAAUGAUAAAAAAGAUCAAAUUGGUCUGAAGACAUAUUCUUUGUCUGUGGAACAACUUGAAGAUAUGCAACUUAAGUUAAUCCAGGCAGAUGAAGCUAAAGUUCAAACUCAUUAA